AAGAUUUGAGGAAUGAAGAUCUACAGCACAUUCUGCUGUGGAUCGUCACGAACGCUUCUCAGGGAAGUUUUAAUAAUCUGAAAAGGGUUAUGUGAUGUUUUGAACAAAAAUUCACACGUGUUCAAUUAAUAAUAGAAUUGUUUCCAUCCUUCUAGAUAACUGAAUAAACCACUAGCGCCCUGAACAAGGCUCCCUCAAGUGUUUGCAGUCUGAAGAUGAGACGACUCGUUUCCUCCUCCCUCUCCUCACGAGUACAAGUAUGAGAAGGUGAUCAUCAUCUUCAGGAGCUGCAGCAUCAGCUCCACCAUGAAGACUGUGUUUCUGCUUCUUUGUGCCGCGGCGGCUCUGACCGGAGUUGUUCCUAAGUUUCCAUCUCUAACAACGACACGGUGCUCCGCCGGUUGGACUCAGAUCGGCGGUCGCUGUUUCAUCUACGUUGCAGCCAAGCUGAAGUGGUCUGAAGCUGAGGAAAAAUGCGUGAGCAUGAAGGCAAACCUCGUGUCUGUGCACAGCACCGCCGAGUACAACUCCAUUCAUUCACUGAUCAGGAGGUCCUCCACCAGGAACGAUAGGACGUGGAUCGGAGGAACUGACUGCCAAAUGGAGCAAAUUUGGCUGUGGAGCGACGGCACUGCUUUUGAUUAUCCGCACUGCGGCAGAUUUGACAACAGGAAGAAGAAGCAGCACUGUCUCCAAAUGAACACCGGAGGUAAGUCACAGUAAACAGUGUUUCUAAUAAACGCCUCAUGUUCAAACAGUAAAGGAAAACGUAUGGAGGUAACAUG